ACACUCUCCUCCAGUCCAAUCUCCACCCACCACCACCACUCCCCCACAUCCCGCCGGCGAUCGCGCGAUGGCGGCGGCCGCUCCCCCUCCCGCGGCGGCGCUGGAGCAGCUGAGCAAGACCAAGAUGUUCGGCGGCCACAACCUCCGCUUCCGCCACCAGAGCGCCUCCCUCGGCUGCCCCAUGACCUUCUCCCUCUUCCUCCCCGCGUCGCCGGCCUCCAAGCUCCCCGUGCUGUACUGGCUCUCCGGCCUCACCUGCACCGACGAGAACUUCAUCAUCAAGUCCGGCGCCCAGCGCGCCGCCGCGGCCCACGGCGUCGCCCUCGUCGCCCCCGACACCUCCCCGCGUGGACUAAAUGUAGAAGGAGAGGCAGAUAGUUGGGAUUUUGGUGUUGGUGCUGGAUUUUAUUUGAAUGCCACAAAUGAGAAGUGGAAAAACUGGCGCAUGUAUGACUAUGUUGUGAAGGAGCUGCCAAAAGUUUUAAGUGACAACUUUGAACAGCUUAACACGUCAUGUGCAUCAAUUUUUGGCCACUCUAUGGGAGGUCACGGCGCACUGACUAUCUACUUGAAGAACACUGACAAAUACAAGUCGGUGUCUGCAUUUGCUCCAAUUGCUAACCCAAUAAACUGCCCUUGGGGUCAGAAAGCAUUCUCAAACUAUCUGGGCACAACUAAAUCAGAAUGGGAGGAAUAUGAUGCAACCCUGUUGGUUAAGAAGUGCAACACACUUUCAACUCCCAUCUUGGUUGACCAGGGAGAGGACGACAAGUUCCUGGCGGAGCAGCUGCUGGCAGGCAACUUCGAGGAGGCGUGCAAGGCGGCGGGCGCUCCCCUGACCCUGCGCAUGCAGCCGGGGUACGACCAUUCCUUCUUCUUCAUCGCCACCUUCAUCGACGACCACAUUGCGCACCACGCCCAGUUCCUCAAGAGCGGCUGACUGGCCGCUAGUCGCCUGUAGCGAGUGAUGCGAUCGGUAGAACUGCCGUGUCAGCGGCCUCCGUAUACCAUCUGUGUUGUUAUCACCUCUGUGUUAGUAUGCGUGGAUCGAUGAUGCACCGUGUGUUGGGUUGAGACUAGACGAAGUGUGCGGAAAUAAUGUGGACGGACGGCUUGCGGCCGUCUCUCUCUCAAG